UUUGCCCAGGUUGGGUUCAAACAAAAUGCAGAUUACGUGACUUCCCUGGGGAGACUUGUGGCUUCUCGGUAUGCUGAUGGCCUAUUUCCACAGUUCUGUAGAGCAGAAGAUGGCAGAAUAUACAACCUGACAGCUAAAUCAGAGCUGAUCUAUCAGUUUGUGGAAUGUUUGACACAAGCUGUGGAGUGUUACAAGCAGCGGAUGGAUUGGCUCACCAGCAAAAGCCGGCAGAUUUUUGGUGUCAUCUUGGAACAGUGCAUCACCAUAGUGCUGGAUUUCAGUGACAUUCUGAAAGGGGAGAUUAAUCUGUGCCAAGGCGCUCUGACAAUGGUCUUCCAGGAGCAGGUGGCUCACAUAACCAAGUUCAAUAUCAUAUGGGUCUCUCAAGAGCCCAUGAAGUGGCGGGAUCAUGCCACUACUGUGACGGAACAAUCCAUAGCAGCUGCCAUCAGUUGGCUUGAGAAACUGACUUUUAAACCAAUGACUAUGCACAGAGUUAGAUGUUUGGACGCUCUGAUGGAAGCUGGGAAAGAUCAAACUAUUGAAUCCGUUUACUAUUUUGUGGUGGGGGACAUCCCAGAAGAAUCCAAGGAGCUUCUCCUGCAGAGGGCUUCGGAGAUCCCAUGUCCUGUCUGCACAGUGUCCUUCAACGCCAGAGGAGAAGCCACUAUAGCUUUCCUGAAGGAUCUGAGUGCCAAGACCCAUGGCAGGUUCCACGCGUUUGCUGAGAGAACGGGGUACAUAGAAUUUCCUGAGUUCCCCACAAAGGAUGGUGACAGUGUGAUUACUUGGAAACUGAAAGGAAAACUCCCUCCAGGGGCUGGAGUCAGAGAGGAUGUGUAUCUCAUCUGGAGAGAGAUGGAGGAAGCCUGCAGCACACUGGCCCAGGUCCAGAGGCUGGUGGCUCUAAUAGACAAUG